AUGUCAACCGCUUUGGGUGGAAAUAUACUGGGCUAUGAACUCACCGACAUUCUCGAUGUUGCCGGCAGCUCCGCGCGCGGUAGUCUGCUCGGGCGAUUCCAUCGCGGAUUUGCCGAUUUCACCUACAUACUGAAACUUCGCAGUCAUCUCCUCAACGAGUACUUUGAGCGUAUGAGUUUGUCGCUCAAGAAGAAUUCUUUCCGUCUAGUACUAUUCUAUCACAGCCUUUUACUCUCUACCACUAUGAUUGGAAUGAUCUCUAUGAUUCCCUUUGGUAGUUAUCGCUUUGGUGGCAUUCUCCUCUACUGCGAUUUCUUCCUAACCGGUCUCUUCACUCUACUUACUGUCUUCAACUUCUCUGCCAACACCUACGCCUGGUUGUCGAUCAGUUUCACCUCAAUGGUGGGGCUCAGUAUCCUCAUUCACUUUGGUACUAUCUCCGUAUCCCUGCCCAUUCACAACACCCUUUUAUCUCUGCUUGUUUUCAUAGUUUAUACUCACCUACCAGUCUCACUUGCGUUUUCUGUCGCCUUCAGCUUUCUACUUUACACCGGCUUCGCAAUGCUGGAAACGUUCACGUUUUUUCACGAUUUUGCUGCUCCUCAGAUAACUCUAGCGCUCGACCAAAUGGAUAAUGCGAGACGAGUACGCACUGUUUCUACGUUUUGCUUUUACCUCAUAAUUGCUACUACAUGUCUUGCGCUCUACCUCAAAAUCUUCAUCUCCCUGCGUUUUAAGGCCUCCUUUCUACGUGCGUGUCAGGCUGUUCACAUGAACGCACAGCAGAAGAAAGCCCUGGUCGAACAGACAGUUUGGAUUGACGCUGUGAUGCCCAAAAAAAUACGUGUCAAGUACUGGCAAUUGUUGAAACAGCAUCGUGAUGUGGACAAGUCACUGUGGGUGUUUUGUGAGACUUAUGAUCCUGUGUCGAUCCUCUUUUCAGAAAUAUCGGGAUUCACCACUCUUUUGGACAGUUUGUCGGCAUCCAACCUUCUCUUUCUCUUGAAUUCUCUCUUCUCCAAAUUUGACAAUCUCUGCUACAACUGUGGUUGUGAAAGAAUAGGCACUCUGGGCUCUAUUUACUAUUGUGUCAGUGGGUGUCCGAGUCCGAGAAUUGAUCAUGCUGAAUGCUGUGCAAAUCUUGCUCUGCUCAUGAUGGACGUUGUAGGGGGAAUGAAGUAUGAGCGUCAGGUUGAGCUAGCUCUCUCCGUCAGCAUUCAUACAGGCAACGUAAAUGGAGCGCUGGUGGGAAUGGAUAGAUUCCGCUUCGACAUCUAUUCGUACAGUGUUCUCACGGCUCAAAAACUUCUGGCUACUUGUCCAUCUGGUCACAUUCACAUAUCCAGUGAAUUUGAACGACUUCUUCCCGCGUCCUUCAAGACUAGUCCUGCGCAGCCGAUCACAGUGAAGCGAGAAGUGCAGUCAGCUAUUGCUGGUAUGAAACUGAUAGAUGUGCCGCUUUCAACAUACUACCUGGAUGUCGACUCAGAGCGUCUCAUUUCUGUGGGAUCACUGCGACGCAGUCCAGAAACGAAAGCAGUCUUCCGUCUUGAAGGGAGAGCAAACGCUGUUAAAGACUCCAAGUCAUACGUUAGACAAACAAUCAGACCCAGAAAGCAAAGUUUCUCUUGGUAUAAGCACAUUGUGGCCAAGAAAUCAGAGUUUGCACACAUUCGCAGUGAUACCUUUACCAAAACGGAACGCCCUCCCAGCUCCAUGAUAUGGAAUGUGGAUGCUUACCAAGAUCGGAAGUUCGAAACUAUUCGCGAGUUUAUUUUCGGUAUUCCCGCUGAAAAUCAAGACAUCAUGUCACAGCUGGUAGAGAACAAGGAAAUGGAUGUCCUGGAUAAUGAGGUAAUUAAAGAAAUGCAUGCUGACUCCAGGUAUUUGUCAUAUCUAUUUAAUCCUCAACUUCUCAAUCCGCUCACUUUAAAAUUUCGUGAUGCGGAAAUUGAGAAAAUGUACAAAAAUCGGAAUGAGAACCAACUAACACCGGUCUACAUUGACUCACUCAAGCUGGCUCCCGCUUUCGACACCAUCUUUCUCUACAUCUACAUUCUUUUAUUCACCGCAGCCUAUAUAAGUGCAACGGCAAAAGAAUACUUGACAGGUAUCCUCAUCUCUGCCCUUUCUUGCGUUGCAGCGGUUCUACUUGCUUUACCGGGCAUCAUUCUGAUAAACUAUGCAAUUUUUAAAAGAAUCCCCGAGGGAGGUAGAAUUCUUGGAAGAUUUCUUCGGCUUGGCAAGUCUAGAAUAUUUAUUGAGCUUGUCUGCCUUGUUAUUGGUCAGUUGCCAACAGCAGAGAUCGUCUUAUUCCUCUAUUUUAUUUCACCGAGCAAACUUUUCCGUCCAAAGGACGGUUUCAUCAUGUUCUUCGCACCUGUUGCCAUCCUCAUCCAUUGUCUGCCCGUGGAUUCGCCCCACAUAGUUCGCUGUGUCUCCUCUGCAGUUUCAACCGUCACUCUCUUUCUAUGCAUCCUCUUCUACGCAAAGUUUGAUUCAAUUCGGCGGUCUGAAUACGCCUGGUUCUAUGAUGCCUCAAUUUUCCAGCCCUAUACACUGGCCUCGCUGAUGUCUAUAAUCACUGCAUGGAUUCUGGUAGUGUUUGUAGCUCGGUCCAACGAGGCCACCUGCCGUCUGCGCUUCUAUAUGGUUAUGGAGGUAGAAAGAGCCGCUGAUACUACAGCACGAGCGAUGCGGGAAUGUGACACCUUCAUUAACAAUGUAAUUCCUAUGCACGUAGUUAGAAGCCUGCUAGCCGAAGGUGCUCAGACAUUGAAUAUCAACUCUGUCAACCAUGCUGCACUCGUUCCACAGGUGGGAAUCGCUUUUAUCCGCCUGACUAACUUCUUCAACAGCUACUACCGUGAAGACUAUCACAGUGGAAAACAUGCAAUUGGACUGUUGAAUCAAAUAAUCUGCAUGUUUGAUCGACGGCUGCGGAGACCUGAAUACAAAGAUGUGGAAAAGCUGAAGACCUACAACGACUCAUACAUGGUAGCUGCGGGUUUGGAUUUACGUCAGAGGGAGCAAAACUCGGAUCAGGCAAUGCAUUUGUUGAAAUUGCUACGAUUUUGCUAUGGUCUUUUCAAAUUGAUCAAAAAGUUCAAUGAGAAAUUUAUUUUGGGUCAGGAUAAUGCAUUUGAGCUGGGUAUCGGUGUGGACGUGGGCCCAGUGUGUGCCGGUCUCAUCGGUUCUGCGCAGCCCUACUAUCACGUGAUUGGUAGACCAGCAGACAUUGCCUAUCUUCUGCAUCUCACAUCCCCGCCAGGAAAAAUUGCUGUCACCGACAACGUAAGAGUGGCAUUGAUUUCUCAUUUUCAUUUCGAGGAGGCUGUAUUACCAAACCCUCCCAGAGUGGAUCAGUCGUACUACUAUUGUGUCUAA